GGUUCACUUAGUUCUGAAUCGAUAUUCACCUUGUUUUGACCGUUUAACGAAAGCUGGAUAAACGCAUCAGAUAGCUGUGGGCCAAAUGUCCAUUUGUAAACAGGUAUUCCACCCGAUGCCUCCCACACAUUAACCCUUGACUGAGCAUGCAUGUGUUCUGAAUAGGGGAGAAAGCCACUGCAAUGGGCGACAUCUGAAGCACCUCCACUGCAAACAGGAAUUAAAAUCCACAGGAAAGACAAGCAGAUUUUGCAGCAAAUUUGUGUCAUAAUAUCAAUUCACCCUUUACGAGAAGCUGAAGGCAUUGGGAUGGGUGUACAGACUGCUGGAAGGUGAGAAAGACGUUCCUGACCCCCAAUAAAUGUGUUUUAAAUCUUGUCCUCAUCAGAUCUUGCUUAGGGAGUCAAGUUGUGAAGAAAGAACCAAAAUGGAAAAUGGAUCUUCAGUGGAAUUCAGCUUUGAGCUCUUAGGCCUCCUAGAAAUGGAAGGUCAUAAAGUCCUCUACUGUGUCUUGUCUCUAGUGCUAUACUUCACCAUCAUCGUCUUGAGCGGCUUCAUUUUGUAUUUGGUUCUAACUGAGGUGAGUCUCCAUAAGCCUAUGUACCUCCUCAUAUGUAAUCUGCUCUGCAACGGGGUAUUCGGGAGUUGCUCAUUCUUUCCAAAGUUACUGAUGGAUCUGUCGACAUCUUCAAAGACCACCUCCAGAGUCGGUUGCAUCAUUCAGUCCUUCAGUGUCUCAAUUUUUGCUUUCUAUGAAAUCUUGACCUUCACCAUCAUGGCCUACGACCAGUACCUGGCUGUGUGCCAUCCAUUACAGUACAUCACCCUGAUGACCAACAAGAAAGUCGCUCACCUUCUGACCGCAUCUCUGGUUGCUUCCAUUAUCGUGAUCCUGGUGGCUAUUCUCCUGACCACGAGGGUUCCUCUAUGUGGGACACAGAUCAAAAAUAUUUUUUGUGACAACAUGUCUAUAUUUAUUUUGGCCUGCACAGACACGUCCAUUAAUAACAUCUAUGGAGGGUUUAUGAUGACUACCUUGUUCCUCUUCUCUACGAUCUUCAUUGUCUUCUCAUACAUUAAGAUCUAUCUCAUUUGUCGUAAGUUAUCUCUAGAAUCCAGUAAGAAGGCCAUGCACACCCUCGUCACCCACCUAAUCAACUUCUCCAUCUUUCUCAUCGGAGUCAUAUUUGUCUGCAUUCGGUAUAGAAUUAGUAAUUUCCAUCUGCCCAUUAGUGGUCACAUCCUGCUGUCUACACCCACUCUGGUGUUACCUCCACUUCUCAACCCCCUGGUGUUUGGGAUAAGGAUGAAAGCUCUGAAGGCAAAAAUGAUUCUUCAAGUAAUAAAGCUAAAAAGAUUUACACAUUUAUAA